AUGAAAGUAGUUAGCCUUCAAUUGCCGUCCGGGCCAAGUAUGGAGCGGUUACCGCUGCCGUUCAGUCCGACCGAACUAUUGUGGCGCUAUCCAUUGCCGUGGGCGCCACCACCGCCUUCUCCCCUCGGCGACACAAAAGCCCAGCUGCCGGCGGGUCUACCCCCAGAACCUAGGCUCUGGACUCGUGAAGAUGUCUCCGUGUUCUUAAAAUGGUGCGAAAGAGAAUUCGAUCUACCCAACUUCGACAUGGAUCUCUUCCAAAUGAAUGGUAAAGCUUUGUGUCUUCUGACCAAAACCGACUUGGGUGAGAGAUGUCCGGGGGCUGGCGAUGUGCUUCACAAUGUUCUCCAGAUGUUAGUUCGUGACGCCGCUCUUCUAGGGCGCGUGCCUUCAUCUCCAGUGACGCCCACAGCUCGAGGCGCUCCGUACCCGCCCUCGCCACACUCUCACCCGCCCACACCCACGUGGGCGGUGGACGGGUUCCAUCACUUCCAUACCGCGGCGGCCGCGGCCCAACCGAACUCUGUAACGUUAAGCCCAGCCCCGUCAGUGGACAGUUCAGGGAGUCCGCAGAGAGGAGAAACCCUGAGCUACGCGCCCGCCUAUGCGCAACCAGUUCCCGUCAAUACCCAGACCGUGAGUUCCGGCAGUAAUCAGUCGGACUCCGAUGAGGAAGCUCAGUUUGCGCCACAGUCGAGGUCGCCCAAGGACGCUCCUCUCAACACUGUCACCCCACAGACACAUGCAGCCCCACAACACUCUCACUACCGUGCACAGCAUAGAGAAUUCUUCCCUAAUGAUAUGCCCGAAUCAAAUACAAAUGGAAGACUCUUGUGGGAUUUCCUGCAGCAACUUCUCAACGAUCCAACACAACGAUACACGAACUACAUCGCCUGGAAAAACAGAGACACUGGUGUAUUCAAAAUCGUGGACCCAGCUGGACUGGCCAAGCUGUGGGGGAUACAGAAGAACCAUUUAUCGAUGAACUACGAUAAAAUGUCGCGUGCCCUCCGGUACUACUACCGCGUCAAUAUUCUGCGAAAAGUCCAGGGCGAGCGACACUGCUACCAAUUCUUAAGAAACCCAACGGAGCUGAAGAACAUAAAGAACAUAUCGUUGCUACGGCAACAGAUGAGUCCUACGCGAGUGACCCAGCAGCCGGCUGUUAAGACAGAGGUCAAGGACGAUCGGUGCGAGGACGAAAACGAUGAGGAUAUGCCCACCGACCUCAGCAUGAGCGGCGAGCCGUGGAGGAAACGGCAACGCACCGAGCCCGCCAGAGACAAACACCGCAUCAGCGCCCUCAUAGGAGACGCCAUCAUGAAGCGGGAGCCCGACUACACCGAACACUACGCGCUCAACUUAAAAAGUGAAAAAUGUGAACAAUGA